UCUUGCAUAAUCCUUCUAAAAGAAAUACACAAACAAUACUCGACCAAUCACGAAACCUCAUUGGGAAAAACUGGUGUGGCCUGCCAUGUACACUAACUUGUGAUUGGACACGUCCACUACAGCAACAAGGUUAUUAUAUUUAAUAACAUGAACGACUCUGAUACAGUUCAGUCUUCUUGAUCGGUUGAGUCAAAGGGAAGAUACAACUGGUAGGAAGUACUUGUCUGUUUGACAAUCUGGAAUAUUUUUUUAAGUACUUCAAGAUGAAUUAUUGAACUUUUUAACUCCAGGAAGCAUGGAUUUUAUUGUCAAUGAGAGUUAUUACUCGUAUUUCUGUAAUGAAUCCGAACAACAGUUUUGCUUGAUGACAAUAACCCCGUCUGUAACACGUAUGUUCUUGUACAUGUUCGUCGGUAGUACUAUGUCUAUCAGCAUAAUAUGCGGUAACCUCCUGGUAAUCACGUCUAUCAUUUACUUCAAGCAGCUCCACACUCCAACCAACUACCUCAUCCUGUCUCUGGCUGUUGCUGACCUACUCUUGGGUGCUUUGGUUUUGCAGUUCAACAUGGCUCUGUCUGUCAAUUCCUGUAUAUAUUUCGGGGACGUAUUUUGUAAAAUGCGGCGAAGUUUUGAUAUUUCGCUGAUGAUGACCUCCAUUCUUAACUUGUGUUGUAUUUCCAUCGACAGGUAUUACGCCGUGUGUCAGCCUCUGACUUAUAAAACUAAGAUAAAUGCUCGAGUGGUUGGGAUCAUGAUCCUGGUAAUUUGGGUUUUUGCCGCGGUAUGUGGAUUCAGUAUCAUGUUUGUGGGACUUAAAGACGCUGUCUGUGAAGGCCGGUGCUUCAUAUUUCACAUUCCAAGUUCAAACAUUGUCGCCUCUGUUAUCUCGUUUUACCUGCCAGUGAUCAUCAUGCUAUGCUUCUAUUUAAAAAUAUUAACUGUGGCGCUGAAACAGGCACAAAGCAUCCAAAGCACAAAAACUGCACAAACUGAACAAGUCAGUAAAAUGGAAAGAAAAGCCACAAAAACGCUGGUUAUUGUGAUGGGAGUUUUUCUUCUCUGUUGGACCCCUUUUUUUCUCUCCUUAACUUUUAAUCCUCUCAGUGGUUAUUCAAUUCCGUUACCUCUAGUUGAAAUGCUGCUUUGGCUCGGAUGGUCAAAUUCUAUUUUUAAUACGUUUGUUUAUGGCUUCUUUUAUUCGUGGUUUCGAGCUGCUUUCAGAAUUAUUAUUUCAGGGAAAGUAUUCAGUGGCAAUUACAGAAACUGUAAACUGCAUUGAGGUCACAUGUUUUCUUUGACUCUGACACAUGUGAUGAAUUUGUUUAGAUAUGACAUUAAAUAUGCUCUUCCUGUUUUUCUUUUAUUAUUAUGCCAUAUUUUGCUAUGCUACAUCUUGUUUUCUACAAAAUUUUAAUAAAAAUCAUCUGCAGACAUCACCUAUUUUACAUCACUUUGUAUAAAACCACUGAAUUAUCAACAUGGGCAUCAAGAAUGAAAAUACAAUUAAUG